UGUUAUUACAGCACGAUUCGUUGACUAAUGAAGAAGUACCCGAAAGAGGAGUUCGUCGUUUUAUGUCCGACAAAAAUGCUGAUAAAAGUCGAAAGUAAGCACGCUUUUCUGAUUCAUCUGAUACCACAAAUAAAUCUAUGAAUGGGGCUCCAGAUGAUAACCAGCGGUUUUCUACUUUAUCCGAUUCUAGUAAUGGAAACAGUGAUGAAAUUCCUGGCGAUACUUCAGGUGCUGGUCCUUCUACUUUACGCGAUCCAAUCCAGCAGAGAACAGAAAGAGCUUCUCGCUUACAAGCACAGAAAAGAAAUGAAGAAGUACAGAGAUUACACCAAGAACAAGGAGAUCAACCCAAUGCAAUCCAGGCAGGACUGCAGAGAGGUGCUGAAAUUCCCGGCGAUGCUUUAGGUGCUGGUCCUUCUACUUCACGCGAUACAAUCCAGAAAAGAACGGAAAGAGCUGCUCGCUUACGAGCGCAGGAAAGAAACGAAGAAGUACAGAGAUUACUCCAACAACAAAGGGAUCAACAACAACCCAAUGCAAACCAGGCAGAAGCUGGAGCAUUAUUGCGAGAAACGGAGACCCGUUAUAAAGCAGUAAAUGAUCAGGUUUCUAUUGGAGGCGAUUAUCAUAUAUAUGAGGAUACAUGGGAAUUAAUGUUGCUUAAAAAUGAUUCACGUUUUGUGCGUGACGUGUCUGAAGUUAUAUGGGGCGCAGAAGCUCUGAGGAAUAGGUGCCUCAGGAGAACUUCUGAAGAAAGUGUUUUGCUAACACCACGCAAGUAUCAACUCGUAAAAGAUGCUCUUCGUUAUAACCUCACGACAAAAAAUAGAUGCUCUCCUGGAAAGAGAGCCAUUAGAAUGAAAAAAUUAUGGUCUCAUAUGUCGCAAAAGUUAUAUGACGUCAAAAGAAGACACCGUCAACGUGAAUGAUAUUACUUUAUUAUUACUUAUUUUAUCUCACUUAUUUCUCACUUACCUAACCUUAAUACUUACCUUAUUAUUAUUACUUACUAGCAAAAUUACACGCGCGCAAGCGCGCGUCCAACUUUCAUUGCAAUGGUUAUUUUAAAAUAAUAAUAAUAUUAAUAAUAAUAAUAAUAAUUCUGCAUCAGUGGAGUAUUAA